AUGAAGAGUCUUUUAAUAUCGAUUGACGAAUUAUUGGCGGAUGGUGUUGAUUGGGAAAGAUUGAUAUGCGUUGCUGCAAGAAACGUCAAUCAAAGAAAGACAUAUUUCUUCCAGAGUGUUGCUAGUUAUUCAUUUUAUUCCUAUAUAACACUAAUUCUGUUAAUUAUCUAUCUAUCUAUCUAUCUAUCUAUCUAUCUAAUUCUGUUCAUUUUCUAUCUCCUAUAUAUCUCUGCUCACAUUUCUUCUUCGUUUCUUUUUCUUCCCCUUCUUCUUCUUCCCACGUUUUUUUCGUUCAUAGUUUUUUUUUUCAAUUUAUUCUAUCUUUCCCUCAUUCUUUCAUUCUUUUCUUUCAAUUUCAUUCAUUUUUUCUUUGCCAUUUCAUUAUUAUUUAAUGUAAUACACUAUUUUUCACUUCUGUCUGUCUUUCUUCUUCUUCUUCUUCUUACAUUCCCAUAUCUAUCUAUCUAUCUAUCUAUCUAUCUAUCUAUCUAUCUAUCUAUCUAUCUAUCUGUCCGUCUGUUCAGAUCUAUCUAUCUAAUACCAGUUUAUCGAGCUAUCUCGCUAUCUUUCUAUCUAUGUCUGUUCAGAUCUUAUCUAUCUAUCUAUCUAUCUAUCUAUCUAUCUAUCUAUCUCAUUACAUCUAUCUAUCUAUGUAUCUAUCUAUCUAUAUAUCUAUCUAUCUAUCUAUCUCAUUCCGUCACACAUCUAUCUAUCUAUCUAUCUAUCUAUCUAUCUAUAUCAGAAAAAUGUUUUAUAUAUUUCAAGCUUACAUUUCAGUAA